AUGGCAUAUCUCUGUGACAUAUUUAACAAAUUAAAUGAUCUUAAUAAGUCUUUGCAGAGAAACAAUACUCACAUCCUACAACUGGCAGAGGAAGAAGAACAAGUAAUAGAAUUGUCCUGUGAUUCCAGUCUAAAGCUUCAAUACGACAAGGACAAACUGUUUGAAUUUUGGAGCUCAGUUUCUCAUGAAUAUCGUGUCAUUAGUACUGCAGCAUUAAAGGUUUUAUUACCAUUUGCGACUUCGAACUUGUGCGAAACAGGCUUUUCUGCACUUGCAGUAAUAAAGGACAAGUACAGGUUAAAAAUAGACGUGGAAAAAGAAAUGAGAGUGGCAAUUUCCAAACUGGAACCCCGGCUUCAGAAGCUAACGGAUGACAACAAAAAAUCUGGACAAAAAUAA